AUGAGUCUGUUGUGCGACCCCAACUCGUUUCACCUCUUUGUAGAGGAUGAUCUGGGAUCUUUCUUGAGCAGUUUGGAGAAGGAGCGCCAAUCCACCAGCCACAUUGUCAUACUAACGGAUCAAGCAACGUUUCUAAAUAAACGACCGGCUCUCUUGGCUACCUUGAAAUUCUUGCUACGUCAUCCUGCGGAGGAUCCAAAAGGAAAUUUGUCCCCCCAAGGGGGCCUCUAUACUAUAGAGGGAAAUUUACAAAAUUGCCAAAAUAUAGACAAUCCUCCUAUCAGUGUAGAGGAGACGAAAUCCAGGAAUCGGUUUGUCUUACCUCGUAGCGACGAUGAGAACCACCUCGGUGAGAAACUUACCCAUUCUUCCAGGGAAGAGAGUGAUAAUCAAGAUGGGAAGAAAAAUUCUGAAGAAGCCAGGCAGGAAAUGAGAAUUGAUAACCAAAUUUAUUGUAAAUCCGCACAUCAGAUGGUUCGUUGUGAAGCGAACAAAGGGACGACGCACAUCCUUGGAGUCAAUGAGUCGAUACAACAAAUUUUUGAAAAAUAUGAACAGUCCCUCGUGGAAAAAACUAAACGAACCCCACACGUCUUUGCACACCAAGUUAAAAAUGUCCUAAUGAUAAUUUCGAAGACAAAAAAGUGGGAUGAUAAGGUGGAGGUUGCUCACCAGUUAAUUGAUCUGUUUGAUAGAAAUGUUACUCUGGAGGAAUCACAGAUUAUCUGUUUUGCCAGUGAACAUAUUCUAGAAUGUUUUUAUCUCAUGUGCCGGGUCUUACAUAAAGAGCUCAAGGUUCACCUCUUUCCUAUGAGCGGGCGUGCCCUUGUUGAAAUGGUGGGAGACGCCGCGGGAUCCUCCGUUGGUUGGCAUAGAGCAGAAGAAACGUGCGAUGCGGUUAAAGGUGAUCGUUGUGAUGGGGGAGUUCACACAAACCAUCAGAAGGUCAUCCCCACCUAUGACGACAAUGCAAUUUGCGCUGAUAGCGUAACGCAUGUGAGAAGGGAACUGAUAACAUCGUUGAAAGAGGAAGACUGCAAAGGAAUCCUUACCCAGGCAUUAAAACUAGCCAUCUUGAAUGACCGCAAGUUAUUCUCCAACAUAAAGAACACCGACAUGAACCAGUUUAAGAAGAGAAUAAAAUAUUUUCUUCGAAGAUUGUUGAUGAAUAGUUGCAAAAUAAGUAGAAAUGGAAGAAGGGACAUUUUAAAGUUUGGAAGUACUAUUGGAAAUGCAAUAAAAAAUGCCACAGGAAAUCCCCUAAACGGUAUCUUCACAAAGGAUGAAAUAUUUUUCUGUUAUGGUAUUUUCUACGAACUGAAGAUGAUGUAUGAAAUAGGUGCAGUGGACCUUAUCUUCCUCAUGGAAGUAGAAGAAAUUAUGAUGAAGCACAAAAUGAAAUAUAAGUUAAGCAAUAAUUAUUUGAACUACUACACCCAUGAUAUUAUUCAGUACCUUACCAAGGAACAUCCAUCUGGAAUGGAUAAAAUUUUAUUAGUUCAUGUCACUGGAAUAGGAGAGGUGCACCCCGACGUGAUGAUUAGCGUGCCUUUAUGCGUCGUUUGUAAGGUUCUCUAUCCCAUGGUAUCUUUUCACCCCACAAAUAUGCACUUAUCGCUGCAGGAGAAUGAACGUAUCAACACGUUGGAACCAUUUGUCCAUAUAAGACAUGUGGGAAAUAAAUCCGAAGCCAUUCGAGUGAUUUAUGUUUCUUGCAUGAGCAGAGAGAAUAUCUGCAUCAGGAAUGUAAGUGCAUGUCUCGAUGUUGUAGUUUUCGUCAAAAUAUUAAAGGAAUUAAAAUUUGAGAUUAGGUUGGCCAGACAAGGAAAGACCACUACCUCAUAUCCAGAUGAUUCUUCAGCGAAAGAAUAUAUCCUACAUAUAAAAGGAAACAUACAAAGGAGUGUUUUUUUAUUUAAACGGUUUAUUUACGAAAGGGGAAUCACCCUCAAUGUGUACAACUGUGGGACGGUGUGCCGCUUCAUUUUGCCCCUUCUUUGCAUCUACAUCUGCAAACAAAAUUUAAAGGCGAAAAAGAGAAAAAAAAAGGUUCUAAAAUGGAUUCUGUUGAAAGGAAACAAACAAAUGGAGACGACUCGAAUUAUCGGACCCCUUGUGCAAGUCUUACGACAAGCCUUUAAUUGUCUAAAUAUUGAGUACACGAAGAAGGAAAAUUAUUUGCCUAUAUGUAUUAGUGUGAAGGAAGGAGCCAACGUUGAAGGGGGAAUCUUCUCCACGGAAUACCUUCGAAUUGAUAAUUACCAUUCCAGCCAGUUUGUCUCGUCGAUGCUCCUACUGUCAACAUUCUCAGAGACGGACACAUGCAUCGGGUUGACUUUUAAGAGGAUUGACGAUGAAGGGAGGGGAGAAAUCUUGAGUCAGAGCAAAUGUGGAAAAAUAAAUGGACACAUUAGUCAACAUGAUGGAAGAGAGGAAAACCCUACUCAUAAUACAGCGCAGCGCAGUAUUUCUCCCCGUCAAAAUCGGAUCGUAUCCUGCAUCCCAGAUAAUACAUCGUAUAGACCUCUUCACCACAGAGCGCUUUCCGCCCUUUCGAUAAGGCGCAACGGAACGACUGCACAUAAUAUCCAAGGAAGGUAUCACACCAUCGAAGACGGCCAGAAUAAUUCUACAAGUUAUGCAACAUCCAAAGGAGCAACCACCACCACGCAACAGUUCAGUACUACGUCAAAAUCGUUUAUCGAUCUGACCAUCCGGGUGAUGAAAUUAUGGGGGGUUCAGGUCGGUAUGAAAAACUUCUGUUAUGUUCUCAAAAAGUCAGGUAGGUACCCCUCCUAUGGCAGAGGACGAAGGGAAUUGGCUCUCCGCAAAUUUCUUGUUAGCCGGAUUAAGCGGUUCAUUUGUGUAGUGACGGGUGUGAGGCGCUGGUGCUUUUCCCCCACGGGCCUCACCAAACAGAGUCUCUCCAAACAUGGUCUCACCAAACAUGGUCUCAUCAAACAGAAUUUCACCAAACAGAGUCUCACCAAAUGCGAGGGGGAAGACGGGAAAUCUGAUAACACCCCAGUGAGGCUACCCGUAGAUGUAAAAGGAGAGGAAGUGGUUUUGAAUAUCUCUCUGUCAAGUAGUACCCCCAUAUACACUGCUAAAUGUGCGCCUUCCUAUAGAGUGCAAAACGAUUUGGGACUGCUCAUUUACUUCAUCAUUGGCUGUCUCAUCAGGGGGAAAAACUGCGCCAUCGAUGUGGGGCUCCGUCUAGAUGGGAUCGACCUAUACGCCGAUGAAGGCGCUGUGGUGAGGAGAGAAAUGAACGGACCAAGUGAACAUAUAUCGCAUGGAUUUUAUUUCUCGGAUGAUGCUCAUGAUAUGUCUUUCCCCCAAUUACGUAGAAUCAAGGCGAUAAGGUUCCAGGCGAACAUAUCCAACUAUGCCCUCCUGAAUGUGUUUCUCCUCCUUGGAGUGGAUAUAUACGUCAAAGAGGGAGGAAAUCGUAGAAAGAGCAAAAAACUGUAUCUUCUCACCUCGAAAAGGAUGAACAUUAGACAAGAGUGGAUAAGGGGUCUUCUUCUCCAGGGAGAGGCAACUUCCAGAGGGGGGAAGGACCCUUUGGAGGGUAAAGUCAAGCAAGCCAAGUGGGAGGUCUUCCAGAAUAUAUACUUGAAAAUGAAACUCCUUUCGAAUAAGAUGCACUUGAAAGUGGUAGUAGAUGUUGAAAAUUUUUCUGAUGAUUUCUUUUCCCUGAGUGUCCUCUUUUGUUACUACCUCCUAUUGCACCCAACAGAAUACAUUUUUUUUAAGAUAAAAAACGUGCGAAAUCAGAACAUCAAAGAAUCUGUCCGUGUGUACAACUCGGUUAUCAUACUGAAGUUAUUCUUUCAAAACGUGCUCUGUAUUUUCUGUGAUAGGAAUAGUGUGUACAUCAGUCGCAUGGGGCAUCCUAUACAGAACUGCCUGUUCUAUAGAAUGUGCAAAGAGAGGCAUCUCCCCCCAGGGGAGGCUAUUUCUGAAUCAGCUUCACCAACAAGUGCCCAACUUGAAAACAACUCUAAGUAUGUAACGAACGACAAAGGGGAGGUAUACCUAUAUGUAGACACCCGAAGGGAUCAUCGAAUUAUUUUCAUGGUAUCCAUUUUGUCUCUCCUCGGGGGAAAUAUCCUGAUUGAUAAUACUGGCGAGGUAGAAAAAAGUUUCCCGCACUUUUUCGAUUGCGCACAUCGUUAUUUAGGGUUAAACGUAGAUUACACAACUUGUGGGAAUCUCAACUUUUACAACUUUACCAAGCUCUGUAAAUAUAGACUGGUGAGUGGGGGUACUUAUCCACCAUCAGCGGAACCACGUCCAGAAGAGGGACCCCCUUCGGAGGCGUCCCUAAUGUGGAGCGAUUCCUCAGCAAGGAGUGACAUCCAUGAUGGAUCUACUGAGAUGGAAAAUUUCCCACGUGGGAGCCAAGUUAAGUGCAUACAGAAUUAUCAAAAAAGGGGAGAGAAAAAUAUGGCUAUAAAAAUGGGAGAAGCAGAGAAGGAGAAAAACUUCCACGUGGAUAUGGAGAUGUGGCCUAACAUAAAAGAAGGCACAAGAAGAGAAGGAACAAAAUUUACAGAUGUUCAGACUGAAAAUCCUCCAUCUGGUGGAGACGGUUCCACAAAUUCGAGUUUACACCUGGAAGCAAGGUACCUUCAUGAGGAGGCGAACUGUGUGGACUCCCCCACUAGAGAAAUUAUCUCUGCUGAGAUGAAUACAGUUCAAGGUGAAAGCGGUUCCAUCAGUACACAGAAUAAAUCAAAAUUCUGUGGGACCCCAAAAAGAGAAAAAAACAUGUUAUCCCCUUCUGGGGAGAAGCAACCCCUCAAAGAUACCUGUCGAGAGAAAUUUGAUAAAAUUGUUGCGAAUCGAAGGGGGAUCCUUCCACGGGAUCCGAACUACUGGAGAGAAUACCAGUAUGAGACACUUCUUCACGGAAACGACGCUGAUAUCCUUCACCUAAUCAACCAAGUGAACAACCUCAACAUAAGUAUCAUAUGCGGCAUUAGAAAUGUGGGGAAAAGUUACUUGAGCAAACGGAUAAAAACGAGGGGCCUUGUGAUUGACCUGGACGAAUUCAUCCUGGAUGGGCCGAUACGUUUUGAUCAACUCACCAUUGAUGACUUCAGGUAUUAUGAGUAUAUUACGUUCGUUUCGAUGCUGUAUCUGGUCUACUUAAUUUUUUCUGGAGAAAAGGUUCACUAUCACAGGGGAGGAAAACCGUUGCAAAGUAAAGAGAACGUUCUAGAAGGGGAACAACCUUCUCUAAGGGAAAUACCACCCUACCCCAUGGGAAGAUCUGGAGAAGAAGCCCAAGGUAUGUUCCGUGCAAACCCCUUUUUGACCCUUCGAGAAGAUAUGGUCCUCUUUUACAACAAGAAGGUGAAUCGGCUUUAUCAUAAGAUGAAGGAGAAACACUUCCUCAACAAAGAUGAAGUGGGCGUGGAAAGCGUUACCAUCGUCCUUGGUGGAGGCAUCGUAGAAUUCGAAAAAUCUAGACAACUUAUGGACAAAGUAAAAAAUCUUCUACUCAUUAAAAGGCCCCCAGAAGAAAUUUACCAUAUGUGUAUGAACGACAAGGUAAAACCUCCAUUAAGUGGCAACCUGGAAGAAAUAAUCAAAAGAAGAACGGUCCUCUUUGAAAAUUUAAAUGCUUUUCACUUUGCCAUCCCCUCGGAAGAGGACAUAAAGAGGUGUCUAAAGAAUGCACCAAAAUCCAGGAAUGAACUGAUAGUUAGUAGCUUUUUAAACUUCUUUAAUUAUCAAUUUUUUGUAAAGCCCACAAUUAAGCAUACCUACGUUAAGAUGGCCACAACGGGGAAGACCAUACUAUCCCUGCGUCUAACAGAAUUUUAUUCAUUCGACUAUACCACCUUGGAUGGCACUUACGAGGUGGUUGAACUUGUCAUGGAUUUAUGGCCAAAUGGUAAUAUUUACAAUGAAGAGAAAGAGCGCAAGACGGAUCUGCUGCAGCUAGCCAUUUUCAUAAUUCGGUCAUACACGGAUAAACCGAUAUGUGUGAAGUUCCCGAAAUGGAUUUUAGACCCCACAUUUUCAGAACCUCUAAAUGAGGCAUCCUCGGAAAGGAAAAAAAAAACUUCUUACCGAUACACUCUGAACAACUUGUACAAAUACAGAAUUAAUAUUUUCGACGUUGAUGUGAAUUUUUUUAAAAAGGUAAACAAUUUCAUGCCGCGGAAAAGGGAAAAUAUUUUCCUCAUCUUGUCGAAUUAUCGGGAGAAUAUCCAUAAAAAGCAAAUAACAACCGACCUUUAUAAACUAGACAAGUCGGAAGCUGAUUUGGUAAGACUAACCUUUGGGCGGGCCACGCAAUCGGAUAGGGAGACUCUCCAUUUGGAGAUAAUUCGCCAUUAUGAGAGAAAAUUGGGGAACCCUCUAAUUUCUCACGUUAGAGGUAUUAGGGAAGCACCAUGGUACAAGGUUCCGCCUGAUCAAGUCAGUCACCAGGAGCGUUACGAGAUUUCGGCUUACACAUCUGAGGUGAAUGACUCACUGGUUUUUCUCCACAAUGACGUUUCCCACGUGGGGUGCCCCCAGUGGGGGCUGGCAGUGGAGGAAAAGAAGGGACAGAUCCCCCACCACAAGACCUACAUGCACAGCUUCUACCAGCAGGGGGUGAAGACCAUCAUUUCGUGUAUCCCUCUGUGA